AAGAGAAGAAGCUAUAGAAAUCUUAGGCGCCACGGUGACGCCACGUAUUAACUUCCGGCGCCCCACAAAAUUUGUUUGCCUCCGGCCGUCCACUGCCGACGAGCCAACUGAAACUUCUUCGUUGUUUCUCACUUUCUGCAACUACACAGAGCCGAAAAUGGCAGCGUAUGUAGCGACCGCAAAUUCUUCUAUCAGUAUCUCAGGAAUCAAACCCAAACCCAAACCCAAACCCCUUGCCAAUCAUUCUACACAUUUCUUUCCCAAGACCCCGAGAAUAGUUCUCUCAAAUGGCUUCGCCGGAACGGGAAGGACCAAUUACAGUUCUCCCAGUUCUAUUCCUUCUUCUAAUGCUAGCACUAAACUAUACAGGCGCCUUGAUUCCUGCUUAGUAGUUCCUCCGCCACGAGGCCGGAAACCCAAAGCGAUCAUCAAAUUUCUCGGCGGAGCUUUCAUCGGAGCUGUCCCGGAAGUCACUUACAGUUAUUUGCUCGAGCUGCUGGCGAGCGAAGGGUAUUUGAUCAUUUGUGUGCCUUACAAUGUGACAUUCGACCACUCGCAAAUUUCCAGACGGGUUUUUGAGAGGUUCCAUUCUUGUUUCGCUUCAAUUUUGGAGUCUGGGUUGCCGGAUUCAGGACUUUCGGCUGCUGAGAUUGCAGAUUUGCCACUUUAUUCAGUAGGACACAGCAAUGGAGCUCUUCUUCAAGCCCUCAUAGGAAGUUAUUUCUCUGAGAAGAUACCGAAGGCUAAUGUAAUAAUAUCAUACAACAACAGGCCAGCAUCAGAGGCAGUACCAUAUUUUGAGCUGUUGGGCCCUGUAGUUGGUCAGUUACUGCCGGUUGUUGAAACAUCUCCGAUGUAUUCAGCUGUUCAGACUGCUUCAGGAAAUGCAUGGAAGAUGCUGCUUGAUGCAGCCGAAACAGUGGUACCGAACUAUGAUCCAGAAGCAGUUGUUUCAUUGACUAAAUUUGCCGAUCAAUUGCCUUCUGUAUUUAAUGAGCUUGCUCAAGGGAUAGCGGAGUUCAAGCCUACACCAUCUGAAAAUCUCGAGUGUUUCAAAGAAUCGUAUAGUGUUCCGUGCACUCUACUGGUGAAGUUUGAUUUUGAUGCAAUAGAUGAGACUGAUCGCCUUGAAGAGAUACUGAAGCCUCGAGUCGAAUCUUAUGGUGGAAAACUAGAGAAAGUUGUCUUAAGUGGUAACCACAUUACACCGUGCAUUCAGGAUCCGAGGUGGCAAGUAGGGAAUGUGUACACUCCAGCAGAUGCCAUAGCACAAGGAAUAAAGAGUGUCUCGCUUAAUGACACUAGAAGACUUGGAAGAAUCAUUGCCAACUGGUUUGAUCGUCUUGCUCAGUAAUUUUAGCGUCGAGGUUUGAUGAAUACUCAUGCAUCUUAAUUAAUGUUCGGUGAUCCAUUUGCUCAAUGCACAAAAUCUUGUAUAUAGUAUAUACUGUCAAAAUUCUAUGUUAAUUGGGAGACAGGUAGAUCAUUUGAUCAAUAUAAAUAGUUUGCCAGAAGACGAACUUUUAAGCAUUCAUCAAAACCAAUUAAAUACACAGCCUUUAUAAGCUUCAUUCUGCCCUGCCAACAAUACAACCUGCCAUUUCGGAUUAUGACAUUUUGUUCGAAGCAAUUGUUGAUAAAAGGUCAGCCUAUGCCUAGUAUUGUUGUAUGGAAUGGUGAUGCUAUUAUCUACAUUAUAACUAUCGGACCGCACUAUGGUGAAUUUUCAGGCGACUUACUUCUGCAGACUUCUCUGCUGAGACACCACCCGCGCCUUCUACUUGGCGUUGCAGUGAUCAAACCUCUCAUUGAACUCACUGAAUCGAGAUCCAAAUCAGAAGCGUUGGUGCGACAAGAGAAAGAAGCACGCCCAUCGACUUUGUUCAUCUGAUCAAUGAGCGAGUGCCUGACACGGUGACUACCAGGUGCAGGACUCCCCGGGAUUCUUAACCCGGGAAGAUGGCAUGCUGCUGCUGGGGAAUUUGGAUUGCUCAAAAUGUCCUCUUGCAAAAUUUCUCCGAUUCGGGUAAGUAUGGUAAAUGCCAGGUUCCCAAGAACCCGAGAGUAUGCUUCUAGUACUGCAUGCCCGAUAUCCUGAGGAAAUAAGUGAAGAGUCAGCAACGGUCCAGAUCUCUUUGAGGAUCUUUCGUGUAUUAUAAACUUGAUAGUUGAUACUCACCUUGCCAUAUUGGAUCUUCAUCAUGUCAAGGAAUGUGUGUGGGAGGUUUGGGUAUCGGGUUUUAAUCUUCUGCAGAAGAGCUUCAGCAUGAUUCAACGAAAGAUCAAUCCUAUCGAGCUCAAAUGUUGGAUCUUUAAUGAAAGACCAAGACGUUCGAAUAGGAGACUUGUUGUCUUCUGCUUGUUCAGCUAAUUUUUCUUUCCACACGAGAACCGCUGCUUCCAAUCUGUUUAUGGUCUCCAGGGCGCUGUGCUCGGAUCUCAGGUUCAGAGCAUCAAUCAUGUCAUCAAACGAAGCCGAUUCCACACUCAAAACCUUGUACAGAUCCUCCCCGAGGUUCACCUUAGCAGACUGUAGUAACGAAAGCAACAAGUUAAGCCAAGAAGCUACGCUAAAUGCCAGCAUCACACAGCCCGGUCAUUGGCACCUGAGGCGAAGGCAGCCACCAUCUUUUGCUCUGUCCCGCACUCCUACUUCUCCCUUCGGCUCGGCUUCCAACUUCAGAGUACCAAAACUCGGUCUCAACCAUUGAAUCGAGGGUUUCCUAUCAGUCGAGGAUACGAGGUAAAACUGUUGUCAAUUUGGCCAGCACAAGGUAAAA